GGUGCACUGUGGGAUGGGAGCCCGAGCGGCGCGUAGAGGCCGGGGAGGGCGGCGGCGGCGGGGCCGGCGGCGGCCGGGGAGCGCGGCUUAGGCUCUGCCGGCCGGUGGGGGCGCGGGCGGCGCCGCCAUGAACGCCGCGGUGGUGAAGCGGACGCAGGAGGCCCUGGGGAAGGUGAUCCGGAGGCCACCGCUGACGGAGAAGCUGCUGAGCAAGCCCCCGUUCCGCUACCUGCACGACAUCAUCACCGAGGUGAUUAGGAUGACCGGUUUCAUGAAGGGUCUCUACACAGACGCUGAGCUGAAGUCCGAUAAUGUUAAGGAUAAAGAUGCAAAAAUUAGCUUCCUUCAGAAGGCCAUAGACGUGGUGGUGAUGGUUUCAGGAGAGCCACUGUCCGCAAAACCAGCGCGGAUCGUGGCAGGGCACGAGCCUGAAAGAACAAACGAGCUGCUCCAGAGAAUUGGAAAAUGCUGUCUCAGCAAGCUCUCCAGCGACGAGGCGGUGAAGAGAGUGUUAGCUGGAGAGAAGGGGGACCUGAAGGGAAGGACCUCACUGACGUCAAAAGCUCAGGAAUUGGACAAUAAGAAUGCACGAGAAGAAGAGCCCAGAGUUCAUAAAGAUAAAGAGGAUAAAAGGAACUCUGACAUAAACGAGAGAAGUACAAGCAGAGAUCAAAAACAGAAAGAAGUGAGGGAAGAAAGCGAAGCGAAGGAGAAGGAGAAGACGAAGGAGAACGACCGUGACAGACAUAAAGAUCCUGAGCGAGACAGGCACCGGGAGGGGGAGAGAGAGCGAGCCAGAAACCGGGCCAAGCAGGACAGAGACCGAGGCGAUAGGGACCACGACAGAGACCUGGCCCGCGCGGGGGAGAAGAGGAGCGAGAGUGGAAAGGAGAAAGAGAGGGCGAAAGAGCGGGACAGGGAGCGCGAGCGGGACAAGGCCCGGGGCAGGGACAGGCGGAGGGUGCAGGACGGGGGGCACUCCCGAGGCCCGGACAGGGAGAAGGCCAGAGAGCUCGGCAACCCCGACGGAAAGUCCUCAAGCUCAGGGGAGGUGUCUAAAAAGCUGCCAGAUGGAUCUUUGAAAGAUUCCAAAGCUGAAACAGAGACUGAGAUUUCCACUAGAGCAUCCAGGUCAGUGACAACAAAACCAUCAAAACGGCGAUCCAAAAAUUCAGUGGAAGGAAGAAGGGACUCUAGAACCACUGAAAAUAGUCUUUCCCCUGAAAAAGAACAUAACUCUUCCUACCGUAAAGCUAAGAAGGAACAUGCCGUGAAACAGCUCGGAAGAAAGGAAGAUACUAUUUCAGCUAAAAUGUUAGAUCCCGUAAUGUCUGGAUUAAAUCAUGAAGCAGAUCAGGAAACUGCAACUUCAGAAAUCGGAACAAAAGAAGCUAAUACUAACUCAGCUAGUGUUUCAGAUGAGAAUUCUGCUAGUCUGUGGCGUGAGAACGUUGAGCCAGAACCAGCAGUGAAGCAGAAAGGCGGCUCCCCUAGUGAUGCAGAAGGAGAAGGGGGACCUUCUGGCCCAGAGAAGCCCGAGGCGUCUGAGAGUUCUGAGCUGCCGAGUGAGCUUCCAGCCAACAUCAGAAGAAUACCUCGGCCUGGGAGUGCGAGACCAGCACCUCCCCGGGUGAAGCACCAAGACAGUGUGGAGACCCUGACACCAGACAGGACAGGGAGUGGCAAACUCGUUGCCAGUGUGAUUGUAGAUGCACAGAACUCUGACAAUGAGGCAGAUGACCAGUUUGUGGUGGAGGCUGCCCCCCAGCUUCCUGAGAUGUCAGAACUGGAAAUGGUCCCCGUAGUAGACGUGGAGGCCGAGGAGAAACACGGAGGACUUGUGAAAAAAAUUCUGGAGACCAAGAAAGAUUAUGAGAAGUUGCAGCAGGCACCCAGACCUGGGGAGAAGGAGAAAUCGCUUGUCUUUGAGUCAGCGUGGAAGAAGGAGAAGGACAUAGUUUCCAAGGAGAUCGAGAAGUUACGUGUGUCCAUCCAGACCCUGUGCAAGAGCGCGCUCCCCCUGGGGAAGAUCAUGGACUACAUCCAGGAGGACGUGGACGCCAUGCAGAACGAGCUGCAGCUGUGGCACAGCGAGAACAAGCAGCACGCGGAGGCCCUGCAGAAGGAGCAGAGCAUCACGGACUGUGCGGUGGAGCCCCUGAAGGCCGAGCUGGCUGAGGUGGAGCAGCUGAUCAAGGACCAGCAGGGUAGGAUCUGUGCCGUCAAGGCCAACAUCCUGAAGAACGAGGAGAAGAUUCAGAAAAUGGUGUACAGUAUCAGCCUGAGUUCGAGAAGGUGAAAGCUCGCACGUUUCCAAAGCCGGAAGUCCUCCUCAGUCUGAAAAUAAAAAAGAAGAUAGAACGUCACCAUUCUCUAAGUUCAGUUUCCUAAGAAAAUGAAGUUUUCCGUGUCCUCCGUCCGAAGUGCAGAGCUCUGGAAGCGCAGGCACAUCUGUGUGUAGAGGGGCCGUGUUCUCUCCCCUUCCUCCAGCGGGAGUAUUGCCGGCUGUGCAGCUGUGUUCUCUGCGUCUCUGCGUGGCCGGUCCUGCUCGGGUCUGUGCCAGAAUUCGCUAGCAGGUGCGUGCGGGUGGCACGCAAGGAAUGCGACAUCCUCGGUUUCAGGUUUUAGGUCUGGUGACGGGACCCUGAGGGGAGCAGAGUGAAGGAUGGCUGCCUUCUGAUGGGCACUUACAAACAGAAUGGGGCCUGAACAUGAGUCUGCUCUAUUUUGAGUUCAUUUCCCCUCUGAAAGGGUUCAUUUCAGUCUGUAUCUUUAUAAGGUACGCCUGAGGUUUUUUUUUAAAGCUCUUUGCAACUGCGUAUACCUCUUUGUCAUUUUCUCAUUGGUCCCUACGGCCUCUUGCUUGUGUUUGCAGCCUUAAAGUUCAUAAAUUGAAGGAGAUUUCAGUAUGUCCUUCAUGGACAUUCGGCCCCAGGGCUUUCCCCAUGUGGGUAGCAGUGAGCUGCUCCAGGCCCGCACUCGCCUUCCCCCAGUGGCCUUGGUGUCUUUCCUAAUCCUUCCCGUAGAUGUGCAUUCCCGAGAGGCGGGUAGCUUGGGGCAAACAGCUGAAGGAAGACUUUGGGGGACGCACCAAUUUGCAACAUUUUUUUGAUGUUACUAUUUUUUUGGAAAUUGUUUUUUACAGCAAGGUUUUUUUUAGAACAUGGUUUAUGUUAAGUUUUUCACUCACAUAUGAUAUUGUAAAUACUUAAUGAAAGUCUUAAGUUUGUAUAGAAAGGAAUCCAGUGUUUGGAGACAUACAGGUCAUAAGGUCUGGGUCCUGAUGCUGGUAUUUCUAGAUAUUUAUGGUGUGAACCACGCAGUGCCAUUUAAAUGUUAGAAUUGCCUGAGAAAGUUCUGCUUCUUUAAGGCUUAGCACAAAUGCACAGGUUAGGUUUCCUUACUGUAAUUUCCAAAAGAAAUCCUUUUCUAAGGUGGUUAUAUGAUUUUUCCAAGCUGAAUAAGUUCAGGAUCAGAUUAUGAAGCUCUGCCAUUUUGGACACAUUGGCCACUUUGUCAUUUCUACCACUCAGCAUAAAAUUUUUGAUCAGAUUGUACUAAACGCAUUAUUGGAGGCGGGAGGGGUGGCCAUUAACUAGCCCUCCAUGUACUCGUCUCUUUUCUUCUGAGUUGAACAACUUAGCCACAACCCAAUGGAUUGUUUUUGCUUCAAGAUGUGUUUGCUUUUUAUGAAUUUGUACAUACGAAUAGGAUUUUUGUGUUGCAAAAAAAAAUUGCGUACAUUUUAUGUGAGUAAAAUUUUGUACGAAGUAGUUUAUCAAAUUGUAUCAUAAAAUUUAUUUUAUACAUAAAUCAUUAAAAACAAUCAUAUUUUUUUCUAUAAGUGGUCAUGCAGUUCAGUUCACAGCUGGAGAAAACAUAAGCAUUUAGAUUUUUGUAUUUUUAAAUGUGUAUAUUCUGUUUUCCUUGUGAAGAAAGUUCAGGGAAAUUUAUCUUUUCAUUCAUAUCGUGACAUUUAUCCAUCUUCUGUAUAAAGUGAAGUUUUAUAAGACAGAUAAGCAUUUGUCAGAAACUUCGAGAUCAUUCAUGAAGUUUUAGGCAGUCUCUCUAUUACGGUAUCUUUAUCAGAGACAUGAUGGGUCCUGAUGUUUUGUAUUACUUUGAGAAAAUACACAAGGGGGUUAUUAAGCCUUUACCUCUACUUUGGCUUGGACAUUUCCAGGAAGUACUGAAGUCUCCCUGCAGGAAUUUUAAUUUAAAAGUUGAGCUGACAUUAAUUUCUAUUCAAAGAAAAUGUGUAAACCUUUGGGGGAAAAAAAAAUUCAGGACUAAAAUGUGAGCUUUCUGCUUUGAUAUUCAUGCUUAUUUUUCUUUUCAGUAAGCAACUUAAACAAUGUUCAUGACCAAUCUGUGAUGAGAAAUGAUAUCACUAAGUGACACGGAGUGCGGUUAGGAUGUUGGGUGGUCCGGAGUCCCAUCCUGCGUCCCGACAGGUGCCCCCAAAGCAUGCUUGUGCUUCUUGGCUGAGCUGUGCCGAGCUGACUCCAUCUGUCUGCUGUUGGUGCGCGGGGUCAGGGUGCGUGAGCGGGAGCAAGGGCAGCAGGGCCUGGACCAGCCUGUGAGCGAACACAUGGAUGUUCGUGGUCACAGGGAUGACCGGUUGCUGGAGCUGCCACGAGAAUUGGUUUCAAAGGAGGCCAUGCACAACAAGACCAUGCCCACCGCGAGGGAGGAUAUUCCACACAGACUCUGUGCCCAGCUCCAGAAUCUUCCACGCACACCCAGCGAUGCCUCCCGAGGAGCCAGCCACAGCCUCGUGGGCAGGCUUCCGUGCGGUCCGCCAUAGCAGAGGGCGGGAGUGAGAGGGGCGGUCGUGUGAGCCGCUGAGGCGGGGAAGGGGGCAGCGCCCCUGUCAGGACCAGAGGGGAGCUGUGUCCUGCUCCUGGGCUCUGAGUUGAACUGUCCCAUGAUGCACUUUAUUAAUAAACGUUUUCUAUUUUCCCAGAAGGUGUUCUGAUAGGUAUAGUUUUACCAGCCUUGUAGUAGGGCAGAAGUGAGGCCCACACACGAGUCCCUGUUUUGCUUGUUUCGGGUGUUUUCAUAAAGGAAGAUUGGGAAGGACUUUUUUUUCCCUGGCUAGUAAAAAGAAAUUUAAAUGGUUCUUAAACUGUAACUUUUUAAAGUCCAUAUUUAGAGCUGAGUUCCAGCUUGAUGAUCAGCUUCUUAAACCAAGCCAAGUGGGUCUUCCUGGUAAGAAAAUGGGGUUCAAACAGUGAAGUCCAUAAACCACAAGGAGGCCAUGCACCGUUAGGCAGGGGGUUUGGGGCUUUGUAAGCGGGCGUGGUCCCGACCUCCGCUGCUCCUCCAGGGCCCGAGCCGCCAGCGCCGCCCGCCAGCCCGUCGGGAGGCCACGGGACAGGAGGGCCUGCCACCGGACCUUCCCAGCGCCUGUGCUGGCCCCUGCGGUGCUCUCACAUCUCCCGUGCAGGUCUCAGGACAAGCUUGUGAUGCUGCCGUCACCACGACCUCGCACUUAAAUCCCAGAGCACUUAAGGUUCCCCAUCAAAACCUCCAUGAAAGCCAGUAUUUUACUGGACGACACCAGCUGGUGUGUGGGGGCUCGCUUCCUGGUCGACGCUAGUGUGCACACGUGCGGUGCUUACUGUCCCCGCCCAGGCUCCGGGGGCGCCGGCACUCCCCCAGGGGGUGGUCACCGUCCUGAGCUGCUCAGACUUUCCUCGAGGCGAAAUUUUAACAGCAUCCCUCUGCCACCCCCAGCCGUGUCCUGGUUUGGACAGCAGACGACGUGACCCUGUUCCUGUUGGAAACCUGCCGUUGGGGUCAGCCAGGGCGCUCGCGUGCCUGGUGCCCGCCGAGCGCCAGUGUGGGCAGCAGCUGGGUCCACCGGUGAAGUUAGU